UGAAUGGAGGAAUAGUUGAUCGGUAAACAUAACCUCAAAAUUCGAAUCCGUUUCAUGAUGAAUGUGCCCUAUGGGAAAAUUGCGGUGUACGUGCUGACCUUUAUCGGAUACAUUUAUUCCGGGUACGGUUCCGGGCUGUUGGGUAACCUGCGAGACGCCAUUUUAUCUGCGGAAACUAUUUUCGGCGGAGCCAUUAAGAAUGUCGUCAAAAUCGCUCAAAAGUUCCGCAGCUAUCAGGACGUAUUCGACCGAGCCGUCGAAGAAGAAUGCGUUUUCAAAUGCCCAAACGGUGCUAUUCCGAAGCCAAAUCGUUUCCACGUUCCAAGUUCCGACGGCUGCGGGUCGUUGGGAUUGAAAAUCCACAGCGACUAUCUGCCAGUUGCCGCUAUGGAGCAGUGCUGCAAUGAACACGAUAUCUGUUACGACACGUGUAACAAGGACAAGGAGGUGUGCGAUGUUGAUUUUAAGCGUUGUCUUUACAAAUAUUGUGACAGUUAUUCCAAUUCUGUUGCGGGACAAACAAUAAUUAAAGGAUGCAAGGCGGCAGCGAAGGUUCUUUUCACGGGCACGUUGACGUUAGGAUGCAAGUCCUACAUUGAUUCGCAGACUAAAGCGUGUUAUUGCCCUCCGGCCGCUUGGAAAGACAAGAAAAAGAAAUAUACAGCGGGAGGAGACAGAUCUGAGCUUUGAUUGGAAGCUUCAGCCCAAAUACUUACGCGUGAUUACUGCAAUUUACUGUGAUUUGCGCUGUGUGUUGUUGAUUUAAUUAGUAUCAAGUCCAGUUGUGUUGUGUUGCUUUUGUUUGAAUUCGACUAAUAAAAAGUAAAA